AUGCCGAUUCCUACCAUUGAUACCUCCUACAGUCGUCCCUGGACGUCCAACGACAAGCACGGGCCGUUCCGUCCGGAGGAGGACCGCAAGCUGGCCAACGAGCUCACCAACCUCAAACUUGAUGCCGACCCUCUGCGGUCCCCCGUCCCUACGACCAAGGUCUAUUCCGGCAGUGCCUUGGUGUCACCCUCUUCGGUAUCGACGAGUAGCGAUGACGACGACACUCACAGCGAACACUCCGAUUUGGAGGAACUCGCCUUGAGUGUUACCAAGACCGAGCACAAGCGUGCGGAACAACGGGGCUUCCAAAAGCCGGAACCCCUGCUCCAAGCAAAUCCCCACCGAUUCGUCCUCUUUCCCAUUCAAGACAACGAA